AUGGCAAUAAAGUAUAGUGAACAGUAUUAUGUUGAGAAGAAAAGGAAUGAUGAUUUCCAAGGGUUGAUAUUUAUAGUUACUGCUUUGAGUUUAAUAAUUUACGGAUUAAUUUUUCACUGGUUGCCGAGGCUUCUUAGGGGAAAAAGGGAGGUUGCAACUUUAAAAUACAAAUGGGUUUUCAAGUUUUUACAGCUCUGGGACAAUUUGACUGGGUGUGUAGGCGUGAAAAUACCAUACAAGAAGAACAAAUUUUACUUUCAGCCAAGUUUGAUACUAUUAAGUGCACUAUUCAUUAUCAUCAAUGGGGUUUUCUGCUAUGUUGAGACUAAAGACCUUGACUACGAGCCUAGAUUUUAUAUUGUGGGAAAAAGAUUAGGUAGAGUUGCAGUUGGAAAUUUUCCCAUGCUUAACAUUAUGAUUCUCAAACAUGAUCUUCUUACUUCAAUUACUGGUUUGCAGGCUGACAGACUUGAAGUCAUGCAUCAUUGGAUGGGAAGAUUGAUUUGGUUAAUGGUUACUGUACAUAUGUCCUUAACAAUUACAUACUGGUUGGACUUGGAUUUCGAGGUCAUGGUUUUUAUUCCACCACAAAUUUUUGGUAUGAUUGCAUAUUCAACGAUGUUCCUCUUAACGUGGGGAAGUAUGAGAUUCAUCAGAAAAUGGUCUUACGAUAUUUUCCUUGUUCAACAUAAAGUGUUGGCGAUUAUCAUGUUUUUAUUUGCAUUUUUCCAUAACCCUUCCAAUAAGGCAGCUGUGUUGAUUGCGGUUCAUGUUCUUGUUUUUGACAGAGUUUUAACGAGAAUAAUUGGUGUCAUUCACAGAAGGACCAGUCCUACUAAGGGUCUCUCUGAUUUCAAGAUUCUUGAUGAUGAUACAGUGGAAGUCAGGAUAGAAGUUAAGUCUAUAAUGAAUGAGAACAAGUGGUACGCAAAGAUUUUACCAAAAAUAGGUACGUGGAAAGCAGGCCAACAUAUUUACCUUAACGUCGGCAAAGUCAGCUUAUUUCAAUAUCAUCCAUUCACUAUCGCAAGUUUACCAAAUACAGGUGAAAUUAAAUUGAUCAUAAGAAAACAAAAAGGGUUCACUAAACGAUUGAUGAAAAAGCUUGAGAAAGUUCAACAUGAUGAAGAUCAAGAUCCUAGUUGUGUUAAAUUGAAAGUAUCAUUAUGGGGUCCAUAUGGAGGAAAGCAUCAGCCGCUUCUUACUUUUGAUUCAGCUUUAUUUGUGGGUGCAGGAUCAGGAGCAUCAUUUACAUUUCCAUUGGCUUUAGAUCUCUUGGAAACAAUAAGACAGAGAAACGAGAUUGGAGAUUAUUUGUUCCGUCCUAAUAAGGCACACAUCAAAAUAGUUUGGAUGAUCAGAGACAUACGGAAUAUCGAAUGGUUUAAAGAUAUUUUAAAUCAGUUAGCACAAUACGUAGAAUUUGGUGUAAGCAUUGAUGUAUAUGUCACCCAGUCACUGGCUGGAAAGUUGAUAUGUCAUGAUAUUGUUGAGCAGGAUCCUACUAAAGAAACUUAUAUCAAAGACAAAACCACAAAAGAAAUAACUUCGAAGGACAUAACUUCCACAAAAGAAAUAACCACGGAGGACGUAUCCACUACAAAAGAAAGAGUCCAAGAUUUGGGCGAAACUAUAUCCUCCAAUUCUUCUGGCUUAAGCUACGAAGCCUCGAUAUUUGAUUUGUCAAAUAUUAACAUACACUAUAGGCGUCCAGAUGUUCCUUCGUUGAUUGAUGAAGCGGUAAGUAACAUGAUAGCCGAAGACAAGUCUAGUUCGUAUAAGUCUUUAGCAGUAGUUGGUUGUGGUCCUGAUUUACUUACUAAUCAAAUGAAAGAAGAAUGUCAAAAGAAUCGCUGGAGAAAGCAUUCACCCGAUAUUUAUUGUCAUACUGAAAAAUUUUAA